UGUUAUAUCAUUGGUCUGAAGCAACCUGCGGUAAAUGUUUGUUUUGUUUUUGAAAGCCACAGUGACGCGAAUUUUAAAUAUGUUGCUAAUACUAGUAAUAGUAGCGUCUUGCAACAUUGUGUCUGGCACAACAAUAAAACCAAUUGUAAUGUGGCAUGGAAUGGGUGACAGCUGCUGUAACCCGAUUAGCUUAGGGAGAAUAAAAUUAAUAAUCGAAGACACGUUUCCAGGUGUCUAUGUGAAGAGUAUCAAAAUUGGGGCCAAUAUAAUUGAGGACACGGAAAACGGAUUCUUUUUAAAUGCAAAUGUGCAAGUUGAAGAAGUGUGCAGUCAGCUAGCAAAUGACAGUAAGCUAGCAGACGGAUACAAUGCGAUAGGUUUCUCCCAAGGAGCGCAGUUUUUGAGAGCUGUUGCUCAACGCUGCCCAUCUCCUCCUAUGAUUAAUCUUGUGUCACUGGGAGGGCAACAUCAAGGAGUAUAUGGUCUUCCAAACUGUGGAUACCCAGCACAUAAAUGGUGUGAUUACAUAAGGAAAAUAUUGAAUGUAGGGGCAUACUGGAGUUGGGUGCAGCGUGAAUUAGUACAGGCAGAAUACUGGCAUGAUCCACUGAACGAAGAAGAGUAUCGCCAGAGAAGUAUCUUCCUGGCUGACAUAAACAAUGAACGACAACUGAACGAGACCUACAGAACUAAUUUACUGAAGCUAAAGAACCUUAUCCUGGUGCGCUUUAACAAUGACACAAUUGUGGAGCCCCGAGAGACGGAAUGGUUUGGCUUCUAUCGUCCAGGACAGGCCAAAGAAGUGUACUCAUUGAGGGAGAGCCCACUGUACAUUGAGGACCGUAUAGGCCUAAAACAGAUGGAUAAAGAGGGCCGCCUAAAACUGAUUGCAAUUGAUGGUAAUCAUCUGCAGUUUAGUGAAGAAUGGUUUGUUAGUACAAUUCUUCAUGGUUUUCUGGAAUGAUACUUUAUCAUUACUGGGAAAUAUUGCUGAGCAUAGGAUAUUUUUCCUGCAAGUUUCUGAAAAAGUACAGUAGACUAAAAAUAUUUGUUUUUGGUUACCAACAUUGUUUCCAGCAGAAAAAAGUAUGAUUUUUAACUGCCAAUGAAUGCUAGAAUGAUGAAUGUGAGAAAUAGUAGACAAAAAACUCAACACAUAUGCAUAUCAUUUUCUAACAAACUAGUUAACUUAACUGUUCGGUAUACUUCAUUUUAAAAACAGGAAUAAUUGUGCAAACUGGGAUAGUGUGUGUGUUGUUCUUAUUCUUACUUUUCACUUCUGGUAUGCAUGUUGUAUGUAUUAAUUAUCAUAUUUAAUUAUGCCCAAAUACUGUCUGCUUCAAUUCAGAGAAUCACCCUCAAAGCAAAUAUAGUUUUACUUGUACUGUUUUUGGGAACACAUCUAUCCCCAUUAUUUAUAAGACUUGUUUUCUGAAUCCUGGACAAAUUUUGUGUGUUAAUCUUGGCAGCUAAAUGCACACUUUGUAUUCAUCUUAAUUCAGUGUAGACAAUAUGAAGUCUAAUCUCAAGAUUUUUGUAAUCCUCUGUAAUUUUAUUAUUGGCCCUUCUGGAUUCCUUAGUGGCUGUGAUAUAUGACAUUCUGAAAUCAGAUUUUUUUUGUACUUCUGUGACAAUGCUCUUUUUGUAAUUUGAUGAAAAUAAAAAUAAUGUGAUGGCAA